UGUUGCCUAGUAUCAAAUCGGAAGCAAGAGCAUAAUGUUGCCGGGAUCGUCGGUGCUGCGGACAUAUUUAUCGCUAUUAAACGAAGAUCCGUGCGGGCCAAAAAGCGGCUUUGGGGGACCCUUCAGUCCAAGUCGCGUUCUCCCCGCUCAUUCAACAGUUUUUUUGGUGGCAUCUGACGCGAUCUUGCAGAGAAUGGCAUUAAAUACCAUUAUAGACGAGGCGGAGAAAGCGUUCCCACCAGAAGUUCUCGCCAUCGAUGCCCGCUACUUUCACAAACACGUUCAGCACCUUCCAGUACAUUACACAAGUAUCGACACGAGCAGAAUGUCAGUCGCGUACUUUUGCCUUGGUGCUCUAGAUAUAUUAGGCAUUCUCCAUACGUUAACGACAGAGGAAGAACGUGCUGGGUGGAUAGAGUGGAUAUAUGCGCAACAAAUUCAUCCUCAGACAAUAGACAAAGCAGGAGCGCCGUCACCACAUUGUGGAUUUAGAGGGGGACCAUUUGCGGGAGCGCCGUACUCUUCUCAUUCGAGCAUCCCUUGCAACGACUUUGACAGCGCCCAUAUCACCAUGACAUAUACUGCCCUUGCCUGCUUGAUCAUCCUUGGAGACGAUCUCUCACGGGUGAACCGGGAUGCAAUCACCGCAUCCCUUCGACAACUUCAGCAGGAAAAUGGAAGCUUUUGCCCAAACUGGGGAAGCGAUGAAUGUGACAUGCGCUUCCUUUAUUGUGCAUGUACCAUAAGUUUUAUGCUGAAUGACUGGCGGGGUGUGGACGUUGAUCGUGCACUGGCGUUUAUUCGAAAUAGCCAAACGUACGAGUACGCAUUUGGUCAAGGCCCAGGACAGGAGGCUCAUGGGGGCUCAACGUAUUGCGCCGUGGCGUCUUUAAGCUUGAUGAACCGUUUGGACGAGCUGAAGGGUCGGGAUCAACUGAUAUAUUGGUUGCUUACCCGGCAAGUGGACGGGUUCAACGGGAGACCGAACAAACCUACAGAUACGUGCUAUUCGUUCUGGAUUGGCGCCUCCCUUGACCUCCUCGGUGUAUACCAUCUCGUCGACACGGACACAUUGAAAAAAUUCCUCAAAAGCACACAUACAAAAUACGGCGGAUUUGGGAAAGGUCCUGGUGACUAUCCAGAUCUUUUGCAUUCGUACAUGGGAUUAUCUGGGCUAGCAAUAACAAAAGGCGUUCCGGGGCUCGCGGAGCUCCAUACUGGCUUGGGUUUGACCGCACGGUCAAUGAAGCACUUGAAUGAAAAAACCGUUCUUUCGAAUACACGGGCGAUGUAGAGACUUGUAUAUUUCUUCUACGGGCAGUGUGUGGAAUGAGACCAGAAUAAUGGCGCCGGACCGGUACCUUACGCCAUCACCUCGCUAUGUAGUCUUCAUACCUGGACGUUGCUACAUUGUGCCUUAUGUUCAGCUCUAUUUCCUAUGAAGCUAUGUUUAUGUGACUGCUAUAUAUGUGUCUAGAUGAUUAGCGAUUGAAAGGGGUCUUGUGUCCAAACUGUAAAAGAAUACACUGGUUUGUCUGGCGUC